GACGACGUUCAGCUUAAUUCACAUCACUCUACCCCAGCUCCAGCCACUUCACACACAUACGCACAAGACCCGUUUUCACUUCCUUUUUUUUUCGUCUCUACUGUGCAGCUGGAAAAAAAAUGCUUUGUGUUGCUGUCACCAUAUAAAUCCCUCCCUUGGCUGACCUGUAACCCGACCAUGCCACCCCGAUUUUAAUCCUGCAUCCUCAGUCUUCCUCACUGCCGUGGAUAGCUAGCACACCUCGCCACGCUCCGAAGCAAUAAUGGCUGCUUUGGAACCUUCAUCGGGUCUGCUGGACAUUGCUAGUUCACUUACCCAAGAUGAGAUCCCUUUCAAACUCCGAUGCGCCAUCUGCAACAAGCUGGCCUUGAACGCAUUUCGGCUUCCCUGUUGCGAUCAAGCUAUCUGCGAAAGCUGCCAGGGCUCUCUUCCAGAAAAUUGUCCCGUGUGCGCUCACACACCGCUGGAUGCAGAUCUAUGCAAACCAAACAAAGCACUAAGAACAACCUUAAAGGCCUUUCUUCGAACAGAGGAGAAGAAAAGAGAAAGGGAGCGGCCAGUAACGAAGCCUGCCGCGGAGCCCGCUGCGCCCACGACGGAAACAGGAACUCCCGCUGAGACACCAGCUCCCGCGGUAGAGCCUCUCGAACCAAACGGCGUUGGUGACGAAGGGGCUCCCGAUCAGUCAGCGAACCCGUUGCCUGCCGAUACGACCUCACAGAACGAGAAACCUGAACCUGCUCCAGCCACGUCUCCUACUAUCAAUGCUACCAUUGCCGAUAAUGAACCUUCACCUACGGAACAGGAGCCCACCGAGACUCAUGUUGAACCUACGAAUGGCAUUGUGAAUGAAGAGUCCACCUCGCUCGAAGUGCCUUCGCAAGCACCUGCCGAUCAAAGCUCCGCCGCGGAAGACGACGGCGGUGCCAUGCAAGAUCCAUCUCAGGCCAGCCAGCCUGUAGACAAUUCGAUGGUGAUGGGCACGAGUAAUCCAAACGGAUUCCAGCCAAUGGGUUGGCAAGGGCCUGCUGAUUUCAACCAGAUGAUGCCACCUUUUAUGGCUAAUGGCAUGCAACCAACCGGCAUGAUGCCGUUUCCGAACCAAAUGGGCCUCCCUGGCAUGCCUGGGAUGGGAAUGGAUCCGAUGGCUGCAUCGCAGGGAAUGUUUACGGACUACGGAAUGAACAUGAAUGGCAUGAGUGGUGAUAUGAGCAUGGGAAUGAAUUUCAAUAACGGUCAGGGAAUGUAUGGAGGCUGGGAUGUUCAGAACAAUAUGUGGAAUGGAGGUCCAGAUAAAUUCAAUGCAAAUGCAUUCGCAAAUCGCAUGGGUUCCGGCUUCGGCCCUUAUUCUGGAUAUCCUGGAUAUAAUAUGUCACAACCACAGGGAAAUUAUCCUCACAUGCACCAUCCUAGCAAUGAUUUCCAUGGACCCUACGGCCCGUAUGGUCGUGGUCCUGGCCGUGGUCGCGGUUUCGGCGGUCGUGGUCGCGGCGGUUACAUGUCGGGUAUGCAUGAUAAUUACCACUCUACUAACCUAGGACCUUUCCAGCACCAGAUCCCACCGCACCUCCAGAGUAACGGUGGCCCCACUCCCGCAGGAACUACCGACGCCCCAGAAAAUCCUCAGCACAAAUUAAACGACGAGACCGCGCCGGGCGGAGAGGAAAAUAUGCGCGAGAAUCAGCCGACAGACGAAGCAACAAAGACCACCGACAAUGCGGCGGCCGCCGAAGAACCACCCGCCGAAACCAAAUCAGCACCCGGAGAUGCCGCGCAGGAGACACUCUCUGCUAUCCCGAGCACGGCUGGGGCCGGAUCUGAGAGUGGGAAUCCUUCCGGUACCGGGGAAGUAAAGUCCGGCCCUCACUCAGUGGGCAACAGUAUUCCAGUGGUUGGAGAGAACUACCAGCCGAACUACGGCCAUAACUAUUUCCCCAGCGGACCAGCUGGCUUUCAACCGUCGCAGCCACCGGUAUCUGCUGGCUAUGGUUUCAACAAUGAACCGAGGGGCAUGGGUGUGGCCGGUGCGCCAGCUGCGCCGCGGGCAAUGAGAGAAGGUCUGCCAAACACUAGUAUUCGUAAUGCUAGAGGAUUUUCGAUUUUAGGUCGCGCAAACGUACAACCUACGCAGCAGCAACAUGUAGACGGCCAAAGUACCUCGCCCGCCAAGACAGGCGAUGAGAAUAGGUCCCAUUCAAGACAAAGGUCACGAUCAAGGUCUAGAUCUCGCUCACGCUCACCGUCACGAAGGUCCCGUGCACAUAGAAAUCGAAGCCGUUCGCGCUAUAGAAGUUACUCGCGCUCACGCUCCCCUGGAUCUUCCCAUGACGAUGAAAGGUCGGACAGACACCGCCACGGCCGAAAAUCCCGCAAGGAUCCUGACCAUGAUGGGGAGGCGAGUGUCAGGUCGAGAUCGGCUUCUGCUGACACCACGCAUCGGCCGUCUCACCGCAGCCGCCGCGAUCGUGAUAGGGUUCGGCGAAGCGAUGAAAAGGGGUCAUCCUCUCGCCGGUAUCGGAGCCCGACGCGUAGAGACGCGCAAGAAGGCUCUAAGGAAAGAUCCUCGUCGAAGGCGCUGCUGGCUGGAGAAGAUGGUGAGAGCCGCCGGCUCGCGCGUGCGAAGGAGAAAGAAGAUAGGCAUCGGCGUCGUGAAAAGGAAAGGGAAAGGGAGAGGGAGAGGGAUCGAGAUCAUCAUCGAAGGCACAAAGAUCGGGAGCAGGAAAAGGAUCGCGACAGGGAGAAGUACCGAGACCGAGACCGCGAGCGGGAGCGGGAACGGGACACAGACAGGGAUAGGGACAGGGAUAGAGAAAGGGAUAGAGACAGGGAGAGAGACCGGGACAGGGAUAAGGGCAAAGAUAAAGAUCGAGGCCGUGACAAGGACCGCGAUCGUAAACGUCGUCGCGAGAGAUCAGAGUCUCGGGCAGAUAGCGAACAUUCACGGCGACAUGCACGACGAGCUCGACGUGAUGAAGCCGACGAACCUGUCAACGGAAGCAGAGACAAGAAGUUGGCGGAACGCGUCCAAGCUAAUGGAACAUCUACCAAAUCGGCAACGGAAGACAAAGAUCCGCAUACCCUAGAGCGUGAAGCGAGAAACAGGGAGCGAAUGUUGAAAGAACAGCAGCGGAGACAGGCCAUGAAUGCUGAUCGCGACAGCCGGAGCAGCCGUCGGCUCGAAAGCAAGCUGGAAAGAAGUCUAUUAGGGGGAAGGCGCUUGAGUUACAAGUACGAAGAUGAAGCCGAUGAUCAGGCGAGGGCAGCGCGUGUGGAGCAAGAGAGGGAGGCAGCACGAUGGGGAUAGAAUGUCGUGUCAUUAGUGCUCU